CUCUCCGGCGGGUAUCUAUUUCCAUUUUUUUGUAUCCUGAUUCAAAAGUUUCAAGUAAAAACAACUCGCGGAUUCUUAACAAUUUUAUCGUUGUAUUUUAAAACAUAAGCAGAUUCAUCGAAAUGUCGGCCAAAACCAGUAAAGCUCUUGACUCGCCUUUGGCGAACGUCGCAUCGGGAAUCGAGGAACGUCGAUGUAACUUGAUCUGUCGUCAUAGAGACCUUCGAAACAAGAUCGUCGCAAUAGAACGCUCUAUCCCGGCCUUGAUGGCGUACAACCUUUGGAUGACCGAACGCCGAGACCAUGACCGAGAUACGCCGUGCGAGAAAAUGCGCGAGAUCAUGAAUAAGUUAUCACCGCAGUCGGAUCCUGCCGAUAGACUCCUCGCCGAAUUAAGGAGCACGGUCGACGACCUUCAUCGAGAGACGGCACAGUUGCAUGAUAAGAUCAUAGAUGCAGAUGUGAAAUUGGAGGAAACCGGCAUGGAGUUGGAGUCCUUAGAACUGGCUAACAAAGAAAUGGAGGAAAGACUAACAGAAUUGCGAAAUGAAAUGACAAGACACAGUACACCCAGCCUACACUCCAUUCACUCCGACGAUCUGAUAUGUCUGAGGAAAAUUCGUCAGCUCGCCGAAGAGGAAUUAAAGCUGAAGAACUGCAUCAAGGAACUUGAAAACAAGGAAAUCACGUAUAAACAUCAAAUGAGCAAAUUACUGUCCUGUAAAAAGUUUCAGCGCGAUAGCAGAAAAAUGACAGAAAUAGAAAGAAAUAGUAGAAGAGUAUGGUGUCCGCUAAAAAAUCGCAAACACGAUGUAUAUGCGACAAAGAGAAAAUAUGCUCUUAAAGAUAAGGGACGAAAGACUUGUUGUUCGUGUGCGACGUCGGUGACGUUAACCGGUUACGAAGAAAUGUCGAAGGGAUCGUUUAAAGGGCGCAAAAAAUUAUGCCCGCCAGCUUCGUGCUGCAUUCCGCUGGAUAAUCGCUCAAUCAAAUCUCGUAGUUACAAAGUAUGUUGCAAAUCUUGCCAACGAAUCUCUACCACUAUAUUCAAAUCCAAAUCUCCUUACGAAUCAACGAAUCCUUCUUGCGAAUCUCUACAAAGUGUCGUCUCGAAGAUAGAUGUAACACGAUCGCUCAAACGAUUAACACAAUCUUCUGUAUCGUGUGAUUUCGGUAAGACGUGUAAUGAAUGCGAGACUCCUGCUGCAUGCAAACGAAUUAAUAUCUGCAAAUGUGAAGAAAAAAGUGCACGCGAAUCAUCGACUGCACCCUGUGAUUGUAGCGUUACGCCAUUGGACAAGACUCGUCAAUCGACAAUUUCGGGAAUGUUAUGUUCGGAAUCGGAAGUAGAGGACACCGAUAGUGACGAGUUUUGCGAGUGUUGCACUUGUGGUUGCGAAGCCACUGAAAAUUCAUCGAUAUGAUCAAUAUUUAAAUAAUUAUAUCAAUCACUUAAUAAAAAAUGCUCAUUAUAUAAAAUUAUUUUAUAUACUGUGAAAAAAUAUCUUUAUUUUAACACACAAUUACAUGUAUAAGUUUUGCACACAAUUACAAAACAUUUAUAGAAAAGAUUUGUAUAUAUUUUUGCAAAAUAAUGACAUUGUUUAUUAGUUUAUUAGUUUUCGAUAUGCAUUUAUAAACAAAAAAAUUACAUAUUAUAAAUAAUAUAUCAUGUGAAAUAAUCAUAAACAUGUGUGUGGCACAUAAAAAGCAAUAGUACUACCAAUAGAAAAUAUGUUUUAAUGUAAAAAAA